AUGCACUACCCACGCAACACGGACGGGACGCAGAUCCGCGCGCACCGCGCCAUGAGACACCCCGGCGCGGUGCUCUUCUCCGAGCCCACGCGCUUCUGGUCCGAGCGCUGGAAGCUGCUCGACGCGCACGACUCGAAGGUGAAGGACAGCACGGGCGGGUUCGCCCACGAUGAGGCCGCGUUCCACCCGUUCUCGGACGGGCCGCUCAACUGCAGCGGUUCGAGGUACGGCAACGAACACGAGGGGCCGUCCCACCGCAAAAACGAGGAAGUGUUGAGAGGCGAGGGGAAGGAGGACCGAUAG